AUGAGCGGCCUCUACUCCAUCCAAGGCUGCGGCACCAAUGCAUCGCGAAUAGCAACAAUUCUCUCAUCGCUUUCACCAUUCCUCCAACCUGCCAUCACCGACAGCGAAAAAACCUUUACAAGCGGCGCCUACAAUACCUUCUUCAAAGACGUGCACAACACCCCCUUCGUCCGCAAGAUACUCCAAAAUAUCGCCUUCGGCACCCCCGUCCUCCCCGGCCUCGCCCAGUCCGGCUUUGGCAGAGUGACAAGCCCAGUCAUCGCGUGCAUACCUGAUCCCCCUAUCGUAAAUCCUGACCCAAAGCUUGUGGGAUUGACGCCCUGGGUGCAAGCCUUCGCCAAGCAGGACUGCCACGACAGAGGCGACCGAGUCUAUGGCAUCUUCGUUGGCGGCACGAACAUAGUAGCCCUGUGUCCCGGCUGGUUCAUCUUCAACCGACCAGACGAGCCAAAGGAAAAGAGACCGUGCAUCGCCGUGGACCGAGCGACGAAUCGAUUUAGAGGGUUGGGAAAUCCUCUCGCGCAAAAUUCAAGGGCGUGGCUAUUGCACGAGCUCGCGCACGUCUACCUUGUAGCGGCGACGAACAAGAGGGUGCCGUAUAUUGAAGUGUACAGUAUCAACGACUGUUUCCGUUUGAACGCGGGGUCGCAGAAAUAUAUGCCGAAUAACUACGUAUAUUAUGCUGGCAGCGUCUUUUACACAUGCACCAAUUUCCCUACCGUGUCCUUCCGCGACCGGGAGCUUUCGACCUCGUCAUCAAAUGCGACGGACGAUGUGGUCGACUAUGAUCGCGAGGAGAGACGAGAAAUCCAGGGUGACAAGUCAGAAGCGCGCGACACAGCUUUUAAGCUAUUGUAUCUAAUACUUCUGAGGGAUUUCAAGGAUGAGAUGCAGGAUAGCGCUACAGUCUUUAACGCAGUGCUAUACCUUGUCUCAUGCGGCGACUUUCAAAUGGAGGACGAGGAGCGUAGUUCGGGCUGCGUACGAGGAGCGAUUCGUAAUCUCAACAAAGCAGACAGCAGGGUUGGACAAGUGGAGAAGGACACUGCUGAGCUAACAGUAGAAGACGCAGGCGAUGUGACCACCGAGGAGGAAAAGUCAGAUUGUUACUAUACCUCUGAUCAUUCGGAUUACAUUGCGAAGCGAUCUUGGAUGAUAGGUCUUCGAAAGUGA